UUCCAUUGGGAUUACGACGCUUGGCAGGUUUAUAUGUUUUAGCCCAUCCAGUAUCUCGCAGAUGUGAUUGGCUAUUAAAGUUUACGAGUUAUUUCUCGGCGCCAUGGCUUCUGCUUUGGAUACUCUCUGGGAGGACAGAGACGUCAGAUUUGACAUAACCGCACAACAGAUGAAAACACGUCCAGGAGAGGUAUUAAUAGAUUGUCUGGACUCAAUCGAAGAUACGAAAGGAAACAAUGGAGAACGAGGACGACUUUUGGUGACAAACCUGAGAGUCAUUUGGCAUUGUUUAUCCCUGCCAAGAGUCAACCUGUCUGUGGGUUACAACACAAUUAUUAACAUCACAACAAGGACAGCCAACUCUAAAGUGCGAGGCCAAACUGAAGCCCUCUACAUUUUAACCAAGUCCAACAACACGAGAUUUGAGUUCAUUUUUACCAAUCUGGUUGUAGGAAGUCCACGACUCUUUACCUCUGUGAUUGCUGUUCACAGGGCUUAUGAGACUUCUAAGAUGUAUCGGGACCUGAAACUKCGAGCUUCUCUGAUUCAAAACAAGCAGCUGAGACUCUUACCUCAAGAGCAGGUGUAUGAUAAAAUCAACGGCGUCUGGAAUUUAUCCAGUGAUCAGGGAAAUCUUGGAACCUUCUUUAUUACCAAUGUUCGUAUUGUUUGGCAUGCCAAUAUGAAUGAAAGCUUCAAUGUCAGCAUUCCUUACCUCCAGAUUUGGUCCAUUCGAAUACGAGACUCGAAGUUUGGCUUGGCGUUGGUGAUAGAGAGUUCACGACAGAGUGGAGGAUAUGUGCUUGGGUUUAAGAUUGAUCCAGUAGAAAAGCUUCAAGAUGCACUCAAAGAGAUCAAUUCCUUGCACAAAGUGUACUCUGCCAACCCUAUCUUUGGAGUGGAUUAUGAAAUGGAGGAAAAGCCCCAACCUUUGGAAGAACUCACCGUUGAACAGCUUCCUGAUGAUGUGGAAAUCGAGCCGGAUGAGCAGACCGAUGCUUUCACUGCUUACUUUGCAGAUGGCAAUAAGCAACAAGACCGUGAGCCAGUUUUCUCAGAGGAGCUUGGCGUCGCCAUCGAGAAGCCGAAGGAUGGCUUUACUCUUCAAGGGCUGUGGGAAGUAAUGGGCUGAAAUAAUGAGCAUUUCUUUGUACAUUUUGUGCUUGUAAAAUUAAUAGUUGUUUAUUUAUUUAUAGAUCAAGUUUAAAAUUGUACAGUUUGUGUAUAGGUACUUCCUUUUAAAGUAAAAAAUAACAUUGAUUGUAGUAGAAUUGCUUAAAAUGUUGCUUCUUGUUUGUUCAUAAACUAUUGUGUUGCUUAAUAUGAAUAAAACAGACCUAAAUAAAAGCUGGARUUUAAUUCAUUUGAAUAAUAAUACAUAAACACCUCAGGUAGGCUGAAGGAACACGUGUUAAGUACAAAGAUGUUCAAGUAUUUAAAAUAUGGCACAGAGGAUAAACUGUCUCCUCUUGUAGCAGCUGUUUCCUGAUUCUGUCUGAUGAUUAUGGGACGACUUCCUUUCAUUUGGCUCACACAGUAAAACUGAAUCUCACACUUCA